AAAAAAAAAAAGAAAAAGAAGGGAAAUGUAAGCGAAGUAUUAGGCAAUCAUACGUGGGACCCGGCACCGUUUCCUCUAUCAGUACAGCUAAUAUUUCAGCACCUUUUGUCACGCUGGCAAUCUCUAUACCAUAGCAUGCCUCAAUUAAAUCCUCACCUUCUCUCUCGCUUUCUCCCUAUCUUUGGUUUGAGGAUCUUAUUAUUUCUAAUUUAAUACUCUUUUUCUCCUUUAUCUCUCCCCUUUCAGACAUACAUUUUUCAUUUUCCAACCAAGAACCUUUCCUCUUUUUUUUUUCUAUUUUAUGCUUCACUGUAUGAUGAGCUUUUGCAAGAAAAGUGUUCACUCUUUUUUGGGUCUCACAAUACCCACGGAUUCUAAUGAUCAUACUAAUACUACUGUUGUUCAAGAAAAGCCUUCCAAAUGUCUUUUAACUAAUACUAAUGGUGGAUUAGGGUUAAUCUCUGCCACUGGUGAUUUUUGUAAAACACCCAAUAUUCUUGAAUCUGCUACUGUCAAGUCUUCCUCACCGCCGAUCAAGAAAGAUCCCGGUGGGAUUGGAUUUCUUGAUGAUGUUGGUGGUGGUGUUAAUGGUUUGAUGUCUUGCACUGAAAGUUUAGGAUUUGAAAGUUGCGAUGAAAGAAGAGUUGAUGAUGAGAUUGACGAGUUAUUAUCAGCGAGAACCGAUAAGGUUAAAUGGAGAAAGAUUGGAGAAAGAAGAAGAGAGGUAAAGAAAUUUCCACCUCCUAUUUCUUCUUUAAAUCAUAAUGGCCAACCGUGUUUCUUUCUCCGCCCGGUGAGAAAAGAUGGCAGGCUCGAGUUAACGGAGGUUAGGAUUGAUAGGCCGGAAAUUUUACGUGCUCACAGGGAAGAUGGACGGUUGAGAUUGCAUCUUAUCAGAGACGAUGAAGAUUUAGAGGAUAUUAAUGAAGAAAAACAACCAGUUCAAGAACAAGAAGAAGAAGAAGAAGAGGAGGAGGUUCAAGAAGAAGAAGAAGAAGAAGAGGAGGAGGAGGAGAGAGAAGGUGACGAAUGGAGGUUUCCGGUGAACGGAGAGGGACUUAGGAGGUGUCAUGAGGUAGCGACACAACCUCAUCAUCAUCAUCAUCAUCAUCAUAAUCAUCACAACCAUAAUUUGCAUGUGUGGAGACAGCACUGCGUAACGACAAGUUAAAGAAAGAAAAAAAAAAAGGUCUCACGUGAGGUGUCAAAAAGAUACAAAAGAAAAGGGAACGGAGGUUAAGGUUUGUCUGUAUUUUCGUUUUUCAUUUUUGGAUUUUGCAGUAGAUAUUUAUCAUUUGCCAGUACUGCAAGUGCAAAGCACCAGCUGAAUCAAUUUCUCGAGAGAAUCAAGAUCAAGAAUAGUUUGAUUGGUAUUUGGUAACGGUGAUGAUGAUUGAUGUAUGGAUGAUUGAUCAUAAUGGUGGGACAAUGGACAUUAUUAUUCUUAGAAUUUGACAGAAAUUGAAGGGCCUGCAUGUAUAAAUGUCGGGUUUUGGGCAACAGUAACACACAGACAUACAGAGUGAGUGUGAGAGUGAGAGAGUUUUCCAAAAUUUAGAAGUUUGGGUGAUAUGGAUAUGGGAAAUAGGAGGAUUAGUAGUUUUGGUGUUCAUAAUAAUUGGGAAAUGUCAAACCAAAUAAAAAAAAUUGCAUCUCUGUGGGAAUUGAUUUCUGUAUAUCUAGUGAUUAAUUUUGUACUUCUCAGUUCUCACCAAAAAAAAAAAAAAGGAAGAAUAAUGAUAUGUGCUUACGUACUGCUUGUGCAA